CGUUGUAAAUGAAAGUUGAAUAAAAAAGUUCAUUUUCCAGAAUUUCCCGAUUUUUCCGGUGAAUGAAAAUUAGCUAGUCGUUAAUAUUUCGUCGAGUUACCCCAAUUUAAAAAAUAAUGAAGGCUCUAGGUUCUCUGGAAGCGGAGUUAUUGUAAAAUUUUUCAAGCGCUCCAAUUUGAACUUUCAAUAUCAAAAUCUCGACGCGCGAAAGCGGACUCAGAGAUCCUUCCCCCACCACAUGGUCCCAGUUAAGUCAGCUUGAGUACCUUUAUUUUAAAGGGUUAUUACUCAUUUUAAAUAGAUGAUCUACUGUAGUUAUUAAUUGCAAUGUAAAAUAUAGAUGUCUAUUAUGAUUCUGUGCAAAUUUCGACUAUUAAUAUUUAUAAACAAUACAGAUAUGAUUUUUCAAAAAAAAAGUAUAACUUGGGUAUUAUUGGUCAUAGAAAGUUUACUUUUAGUUUUUAAGGUGUAGUUUACCAACUUAAAGUAAGAGUAAUUUGUAAUUUUUAGUACUAGAUUACUUUAUAAUUUAAUAAUCUUAUAUUAAAAAUGCGUAAAAAUGAUUAAAGACAAAAAAGUUAUGCGAUAAAAUAACGGUUGACCUACCCAAAACAAACGCAUGUGCCCGGUACUAGAAAUUCGCUAUGGAUAGAAUCGAUUUAUUUCUGGAAUAUAAAUAAACGUACCAGGAUUCGUUUUUCUAAAUAGUUUUUUUUUAAAUUUUCAAAUCGAUUUUUCUAGAAAACAGUGUAUCCUAUCGACUUAAAGCAAGAGUAGGUACCUUUUAGUACUACAAUACCUCACAAUUUAAUAAUCCAGCGUAAAAAAUGCUUAAAAAUUAAAGACAAAAAGUUAUGUGAUAAAAUAACCGUUACCCUACCCAAAACGGACGCCUAUGACCGGUACUAGAAAUUCGCAAUGGAUGGAAUCGUUUUAACUCUGGAAGAUAAAUGCGCGUACCAAUUUUUCGUUUUUUUUUUUAAUAGAGAAGCAUUCUGGGCGUAUUUAAGAAAAACUAACAAGACGCCAUAUUCAAAGAGCUCUAGCUCGCUUAGAAAGCAUUUUCGGACUGGGUCAAUUUGGUUAAAUUGUCUUAAAAUUAUCUGAAGAGUCUCCUGUCUUCGUUUGUCGGUAGAGUUUCUGGACACCCUGUAUAUUGUAUACCUACGUUGUAAAAGUAAUAAUCAUGUUACAAUAUCAAAAAAGUGUCCUUUUAUAAAAAACAAACAAGAUUAAAAUAAGUAUAAUGAUCGAACAAAAGACUGCUUUUUUAAAAGCAAAACAUUUAUGCGAACAAUCAUUUUCUAGUGUUAUGAAUCAAAAUUAUUUUUCUUUACUUGAAAAUAAUGAACAAGAAUUUCCUUUGCUUCCAAAAAUUAAUAAAAAUUCGUUCUCCACUCAGCUAGGCCCACAGACCUAUAAACCGUGCUCCCUAUUAUCUUCUCAAUUAUUAAAUAUGUAAUAAUUUACAUGCAUCGAUAAUAGGAGAGAAAAGGAAAACAAACUCUCCUAUCAAACAAUCUCCUAUUCAUAAAUCUGUCUUUCCCUUUACAUUUGGACCUGCCCAGCAUUUACCGGCUAAUCCACAUAAACCCAAUUAUAAGAAAGUUGAAAAUACAAAUCAGUUGACAAAAACUGAUUUAUAAUUAACCUCUUAUCUGAUUUUAUAAUUAAGCACUUAUCUUGAUGUAAUCGAGAAUAAAAAUCGGUAGGCAAUUAGAUAUUUUCGGUAUAUACAUUGCCGAAUCGGAUGAGCUGGCAUCGUAGUAGUAGCUGAUAUCGAUUUAAUAGCGCCAUCAUCCCCUAGAUCCUAGAUGCGCACUGGCACACGACACUGUAUAACUUGUCCUACUGUACAUAUAUUGCCAUGUGCUGAUUUGCUGAAUUUAUUGAUUUAUUCCUGUCUUUACUGCUCCAAAACCAGUGUUCAGAUCUGCUUUGGCUUGUAUAAUAUAAAAAAAAAAUUGUUAUAUUAGUAAUUUCGUUUUUUUUUUAAUACUAUAAUUUGGAAUGAAAUGGAAGUAAAACAAGAAUUUACUGAGGACACCUGUAAAGUGGAAAUAUUUUCUAAUAAGGUGUAUGGUGCUCUUUUAGAUAGCAACAAAACUGAUAUUAAAGAGGAGCCUAAUGAAGAAAGUACACGCAAUCCAUUUAAUUAUGUGGAUUUAAAUGAAUUCUCCUUAAAAACUUUAAUAGAAGAAGAUGAAAAUAAACUUAUGAUAUUUGAAGAAAAACAAACAAAUGAAAAGGAUAGCUGUAAAAGUGAAAUUAAAGAAGAACUUAAUGGAGAAAGUACACAUAAGCCAUUUAAUUAUGUGGAUAUAAAGGAAUUCUCCUUAAAGACUUCAAUAGAAGAUGAAAAUCAACUUAUGCUCUUUGGAGAAAAACAAACAAAUAAAAAGGACUUUCCCGAAUAUGUGGACACUUCGAAAAUUGAGAAAAUAGUAGAUGGACAUUCAUCUAAUAAAGGACAACCUAUGAGUCAACCUGCUGAAGAAAAAACAUUUAAAUGUGGAAUUUGUGCUAAGCAGUUUUCUAGAAAAGAAUAUUUAAAUCGUCAUGUGAAAAUUCACAUUGGGGAAAAACCUUACAAUUGUGAAAUUUGUCUUAAGCAGUUUGUUAGCAAACAUUAUUUAAAUCGUCAUAUAAAAAUUCAUACAGGGGAAAAUCCUUACAAGUGCGAAGUUUGUUUUAAGCAGUUUUCCCAGGCAUGUAAUUUGAAAGUUCAUAUGAGAGUUCAUACUGGAGAAAAGCCUUUUAAGUGUGACACUUGUUUUAAGCAGUUUGCUCAGAAAAUAUUUCUAAAAGAACACAUAAAAAUUCACACAGGGGAAAAACCUUACAAGUGCGAAAUUUGUUUUAAGCAGUUUAGUGUAGCAUUUAAUUUAAAAGUUCACUUAAGAGUGCACACUGCAGAAAAACCUUAUAAGUGUGAAAUUUGUUUUAAGCAGUUCAGUGAAGAAAGUAAAUUGAAAAUUCAUUGGAUAAUUCAUACUGGAGAAAAACCUCACGAGUGCGAAAUUUGUUUUAAGCAGUUUAUUCACAAAUGUGCUUUAAAUGAUCACAUGAAAGUUCACACUGGAGAAAAACCUACUAAGUGUGAAAUUUGUUCUAAGCAGUUUUCUCAGGCAAGUAGUUUGAGAACACAUAUGAAAAUUCACUCUGGUGAAGGUCGUAGCAUAUCUAAUGUCUGCUCUAAGCAGUUUUCUCGGGAAAGUAGUUUAAAACAACAUAUGAAACUGCACACGGGAUCAAGUACUCACAAAUGCAAAAUUUGUUUUAAACUGUUUUCCCAGUCAUGUAAUUUGAAAGUACAUAUGAGAGUUCAUACUGGAGAAAAGCCUUUUAAAUGCGAAACUUGUUUGAAGCUGUUUUCUCAGAAAAUAUUUUUAAAAGAACACGUAAAAAUUCACACAGGGGAAAAACCUUAUAAGUGCGAAAUUUGUUUCAAGCAGUUUAGUGCAGCAGCUAGUUUAAAAAUUCAUUCAAGAGUGCAUACUGGAGAAAAACCUUAUAAGUGUGAAAUUUGUUUUAGGCGGUUUAGUAGAGCAAGUAAAUUGAAAAUUCAUUCGAGAAUUCACACUGGAGAAAAACCUCAUAAGUGUGAAAUUUGUUUUAAGCCAUUUCCUCGGGCAAGUAGUUUAAAACAACAUAUGAAAAUGCACACGAGAUCAUCAUCAUUAACCUGUACGCGUCCACUGCUGAACACAGGUCUUCCUCAGCUCUUACCAUCUGUCUCUGUUUUGUGCGGCUUGCAUCCAGUUACUAAUAACACGCUUCAGGUCGUCAGUCCAUCUGAUUGGUGGGCGUCCACUGCUCCGUAGUGCUGCUUUUCAAGCCUUUCUUCUCAACUGAUCCACCCGUCUGAAAAACAUUUCUAAUUCGGUUUCUCUGCGGAUUCAUAUUUAAAAAUGUCCCCUUUAAACAAAUCUGAAGGGUGCCGGACGGAAGUAAUUUCUAAUAAAUAAUAUUUUUUAUAUUUGUUUGAUAAUUUAUUUAGUUAAGUAAUUCAUAAUUUAGUAUUAUAAUGUAUUUUUUUGGUAAUUACUUCUUCUAUAAUAUUAUAUAAUAAAUUUUUCUGCAGCUCUAUACUUAAUUCAGGAGCUAUUUUGCUAUAUAUUGUUCAAGUUCCUCAUUUUUUUAGGGGGAGAAUAGGAAUCACCCGGUACUCUCUCCAACUAUCUGAAAUAUUUUCUGAUAGCCAUAUUCGAAUAAAAAAUUUUAAUAGUGUUUUUUUUUCUAUUUUGAUAUAAAUUUGCCAACAUAAUAUAAGGUAUAUUCCUAUUCCUGGCGAAGUAUUUUUCUUAUUCUUAAGACUUAUUUCUAAUUCAUACAAACUAAAUGACACUGAAAGUGGAUAAUAUUGUGUAGUGGAUAACACUGGACAUAAUUUUCUUAAAAACGCAUCAACUCAUUCUCCUUUGGUCACUGGAUUUACUUGUGGUUUACAAUGGAUUUGACUAGACUAUGUCCCGCAGACAUCCUGACAAUGCAGAUGCUUUGUUGAUCUGACUCCUCAGGUCCUUUACUGGGCCACAAUUUAACUUCCAAAAAUAAUUUUAUUAACGUUUCGACUUCCAAUUCGGACGUCGUUGUCAAAAUACAAAAUAUUAAUUUAUUUUUGUAUUUUGACAACGACGUCUGAAUUGGAAGUCGAAACGUUAAUAAAAUUAUUUUUUUAAGUUAAAUUGUGGCUUAUUUCCCAUUUAGAAUAGUUAAUAUUCGUUUAAUUUAUUAAAAAAUUGUUGAAAUUGUUAAAAAUAAGAAAGACGAAGAGAAUUUUUUUUUAUUUAAAUUUGUGGCUAAAAAUCACCAUAAAUUAUAAAAUUCUCCUCGAGACUAUUAAAAAACUUUUUCCGUUCAUUUACUGUGAUUUUAUUUGGUUUUACUGUAAAACCAUGUAAAACUUUUACAUAAUAUAUAGAAUAAAUGGUUAACUUUUUAGCAGUUUGAAUUUUAAUUGAUAUACUCUUGCACAUUACGCGAUUGAUUUGAUGAAAAGUAGGACUAUUGCAAAAUUUAAUUAAUUUUUUGCAGACUACAACUGAAACUAAACGAAUAAUGCAGAAAACACAAAAAAUCGCCGAUAUAAUCAAAUUAACCUAUGAAAUGCCAAUAGUGACAAAAUUUCAUAAAUGUCAAUAGUGUUAAAAUUUUAUAACAGUGGAGUAAACUUGCCUGCCGUUGGACGAAUUACAAACAAGCGUUACGACGCGGUAAAUUUAAAUUACUCCUCCUGGUUUAAAAACAGAGUAUAGUAGUGCCGUGAGAGCUUCGAGAUUAACCUCCUUUUUAUUUGACGUUUAUAUGACGUGUACAAUAUAUUAAAAGCCAUUGAGAUUUAAAACUUACGCAAUACCGUUGAUAUUUUAAAUACCGUUGAAAUAUAGGUAAACGUUGACUUGUAAUAUUGUUUUUCAUUUAUUAAACCCUUGAGUUUUGUAAUAUUAACAUUUAGUAAGAACAUCUGGACAGAUAUAUGGGAAGCCGCAUUUUUUAUUUUAAUAAAUAAUAGUAGUAGGCCCAGAAAGUUUUAGUACGGCUCUGUAAGCUUAACCAAAGGAUCGUUCGGCCUCCGCCCGCAUCCACCACUGGUGAAUUACCAAUUUCGUACUUUGCCGGUUUACUUCCUUAGAUCAAAGCGCCGACAGAAGUGGUUUUACUGUGGAACCUCUAUACUGUGACUGAGCACGUGCCCAGGGCCCCGUUGUCGAUUGGGGUACCCUAGUUCCUACUCGAUUACUAAACGAUAUAUAUUUUAGUCACUAGUAUGCAGUUAUGGGCUGGAGAGGGAUAAAUUUGAUUACUUCGAAUCGUCCACCAAAUGUAUAGUGAUAUUAUAACACUUUGUAAUAAAAUAUGUUUUACGCUUAGUUUUGUAUAAUUGUAUUAAUGUUUUUACUCGUAUAAAUACCCUUAAAAGACUACGAACAAUAAGUAAACAUGACAUUGAACUCGACGUGUUCUUGUUACAAGUUGAUGGGUAUAAAUAUAGAAUACACCCAUACCUCGCUAUACGGCCGCUCUGUAUACGGCAUUUCGCUAUAACGGCCCUGUUCAAUUACGGCACAGUUUCGAUUUACUCGAUGCACACUCUUUUCUAUUUCCACUUGUUUAUGCAUAAUUUGAAAAUAAAAUGAGAUGAGGGCGCAUCCAAGGAAUAUCUUAACAUUUUAAAGUUAAUUAUAGAAAAAGGUGGUUAUAAACCUGAACAAGUGUUUAACGUAGACAAAACAGGACUUGGAAGCAAAUGCCUAAUCGCACGUACAUUUCAAAACCCGAAAAAUCUGCGCCUGGUUAUAAAUAUUCUAAAGAACGAUUAACUUUGCUACUUGGUGCAAAUGCCACUGGUGAUGUUAAGCUAAAACCACUUCUAAUUUGUCCAAAAAUCCAAGGCCUAUUAGAGGACUAAAUAAAAAUCAUUUACCCUUUAUAUGGAGAUACAACAAGAAUAUAAUACAAUAAUCUACAAGUUUGUAGAUUAUUUUUGGUUUUUGGAAUCUAUUAUUAUUUUAUAAGUAUACCAGUGCAUGUGCUUUUUUGUAUGUAUUUUUGAUUUAAAUAAAAUAAACAGUUAGAAUGCAUUUUUAACGACAAACCAUUUAAUAUAUUUAACAAAUUUGGAACCGAUCCCAUUAAAUUUUUAUGAAUUUGUAUUAGAAUAAUUGAUUCGUUAUACGGCAUUUCGCUUUGCGGCCAUGUUUCGUGGAACGUAUCUAGGCCGUAAAGCGAGGUAUGGGUGUAGUUCAAAGGCAGCGAAUCUGUAUUUAUUAUUGUACCUAGUUAGAUUUCUUUUCAUGAGCAUUUUUCAGUGCGUCACAAAUGAUAGAAAAAAAGGUAAGUCCGUGAUAAUAUACAUUUUAGUGACAUGACAUUUUAGUUAAAUCUGACAGUUGUCACAUUUUAUUUGCAAUUUGACAUAAAAUCAAAUCAAUUGUGUUUAUUGCAUUUAUAAAAUGGUAUUUUCUUUGAUUUGUAUUGUCUUAUAAAUUGUACAGAUUAUAUUCGUAGAUAUAUUAUAUAAUUCGUAAAUAUUUUUUUCGAUUAUGGCGCCAUCUAUUGACAACUAGAAUAAAUGUUAUAAAUGUCACUGACGAAAUGUAAUCACCGACGUGCGUUUUUUUCUGUCACAUGCAAUUUAAUGCGUUAGAAAGAAAUCGAAAAACUGUGACGCACUGAAAGAUCCUCAUGAGAAAAAGCAUAGUAAGUACUAACGUUUAGGGUAGGCUGCGAUAUUAUUGUAAACAAGUUGUUAUGAUUUACCCAUCGAUAUGGUGAACUGAAAAUAUAUGUAUUUGAACAGAAA